CCUGAAGCAUGGCUGUCUUUAGAUGAGGCUGACGGUCCAUUUGCCCUGGCUUCAGUCAAUUCAAGUUUUAACUUCGAAGUGGCUAAGAAACCCGGACUCGGAUCCUGGCAUACACAACACGCACUAGUGCAGCCGCGCCAACAAGGUGACCUUAAGUUGAAACCGGAACAACUUAAUUUCCAUAAUCUUCAUCAUCCAUGCCAGCUUGCUGAGCCAGUAGACUCAGGAGGUCAGCGACAACCUCAAUACCAUCUUCAACAAUCACCUCAUGAAUAUCAGAUUUUAAAUGAUACUGCAGAAGGGGGUCGACUAGGACACUAUGGCGGCGAGAAGUUGCUUAUUCCUGGGCUCAUGGCUUGUUCGCUACUUCCAGUGGAGGCUUCACCGAAGGAUGGUGGUAACUCAGAGGACCUUUCGACGAACACCCCAACAGGUCUUCGACCCGACCGAUUGAGUACGUUACUAACUAUCGAACUAACCUCUACACAUGUCCACAUUCCUUUCACUUUUUAA